AGCCCAUUUGGCUCUUUGGCUCCGCAAAUAUAUUUUUUCUGUCUGAACUUUUUGCCGUCCCUUUCAACCGAACAUGGGUGCCUGCGGCAGCGCCAAUUCGGUUGCUGUCGUGAAGGCCCAGCCUGCUGCGCCCAAGCCAAAGUUUCGUGGACAUAGGUUGCAGGAUGUGCCAUUGUCCCCCUGUGCUUCGUGGCAGGGCCCUGAUUUGGGCGCUCGAAUCUCGCGGCCGGAUCGCAGCCUGCACGACGAGCACGUGCAGAGGCUGGAGCACUUCCUGGAAUGCGUCGAGCAGCAGCCAAAGGCCCUGGACAAGUUGAUCACUAGGAGGCGGCGUGCAGCAAAGGUUGCGUGCUGUCCGCCGCCUGACACGGGGCUGAGGCCUCCCGAGAUGGGGCAGAGCAGUCACCCAAGUCACCGCGUGGUGGUAGCACUGUAGCCGGCGGCCCCUGACAGAACCACCAGAAGGUUCCUUUGAGGGCAGUUGCUGACACAUGUAGAAAAGGCCCAACCCUGCAACAACCCUGCAGCUGCAUGCUGCAAGCAGGAUAUGCCAGAGAGUUUUUCUCCCGGUCAGUUAGUUUGACGCAGCAGGGGGACCUGCUGGACAUAUGAGCCGGUAUCUCGACUUCAAGCUGGC